AUGAGGUCCCUAACCUUACUUCCCGGCCUCAUUCUCGCCGCUGCCGCUCUUCCACGUCAGAAUUUCGAUAUUCAGUCCAGUCUCCUUACCGAUCCAACAAAGUUAGCUGGCAAAACCUUCGACUAUGUUAUUGCUGGUGGAGGCUUGACUGGUUUGACGGUUGCAGCCCGACUCAGUGAGAACUCCAACAUCACCGUCCUCGUUAUAGAAAGCGGCUUUUACGAAUCGGACAAGGGGCCCAUUAUCGAAGACCUUAACGAAUAUGGCAAGGCUUUCGGUACUUCCGCCGAUCACAGUUUCGAAACUGUCACGCUUGCGAUUCAUAACCGGACUGAGCUCAUUCGAUCAGGCAAUGGCUUAGGAGGAUCAACUUUGGUCAAUGGAGGUUCUUGGACACGUCCACACAAAGCACAACUUGAUGCCUGGGAAAGUGUGUUUGGUAUGGAAGGAUGGAACUGGGACAGUCUGCUUCCGUAUAUGAAGAAGAUUGAAAACAUCCGUCCCCCGACUGCUGAGCAGAUCGCUGCCGGGCACCACUUCGAUGCCAGCUGCCACGGCAUGAACGGCACUGUUCACGUUGGUCCCCGAGACACAGGAGAGAGCUUUUCUCCGAUGAUCAAGAGUCUCAUGAGUACUGGAGAGGCAAUGGGUAUUCCCGUUCAGAAGGACCUGGGCUGUGGUAUUCCCCAUGGUAUCUCGAUGCUUCCCAACAGUCUGCAUGAGGAUCAAACUCGGUCGGACGCUGCCCGCGAGUGGCUUCUUCCAAACUACAAGCGGAAAAAUCUGAAAGUCUUGACUGGUCAGAUGGUCGGACGUGUCUUGUUCAACAAGAACUCCUCUACUCCCAAGGCCUCUGGAGUGAACUUUGGAACUCACAAAAACGUCAACUUUAACGUCUAUGCUCGACAGGAAGUGCUGUUAGCUGCUGGAUCGACCGUUUCACCACAGAUCCUUGAGCACUCUGGCAUUGGCCUCAAGUCUACCCUCGACAAUGUUGGCAUCGAACAGCUCAUUGAACUGCCAGUUGGUCUCAACCUUCAAGAUCAAACCACCACGAAUGUCCGAUCCAGGAUCAAACCGAAUGGUGAAGGUCAGGGUCAGGCUGCCUACUUUGCGACUUUCAAUGAGACUUUCGGCGAUGAAGCCCCUCGUGCACACGAGCUUCUGAACACAAAGCUGGAAGAAUGGGCCCACGACGCUGUCUCCCGCGGUGGUUUCCACAAUGAGACCGCACUCCUGAUUCAAUACCAGAGCUACCGUGACUUACUUAUCAACACUGAUGUCUCCUUUUCUGAGAUCUUCCUGGACACAGCUGGUAAAUUAAGCUUUGAUCUUUGGGACCUCCUCCCAUUCACCCGCGGCUAUGUGCACAUCAUGGACAGUGACCCUUAUAUUCGUCGCUUUGCCUACGAUCCCCAGUACUUUUUGAAUGAACUUGACCUACUCGGUCAAGCUGCGGCUUCAAAGCUGGCUCGAAGUCUUGCCAACACAGGAGAAAUGACCCAGUACUUUGACGGCGAGACUAUUCCUGGAGACAACCUGGCUUACAAUGCUACACUCGAUGAGUGGAUGGAUUAUGUCAAACAGAAUUUCCGUGCCAACUAUCACGGUGUCGGUACUUGCUCUAUGAUGACCAAGGAGCUGGGUGGUGUUGUGGACGCAACCGCUCGUGUUUACGAUGUUGAGGGUCUUCGUGUUAUUGAUGGUUCAAUCCCUCCAACUCAGUUGUCUUCUCAUGUCAUGACUGUCUUUUAUGGAAUGGCCGAGAAAAUUGCCGAGGCUAUUCUUUCUGACUAUCAUAGCCAGUCUGAGUAA